CCUAAACGUGCUGAUAGUGGAAUCGAUCCUUGUGUUUUCAUGCUGCCAAGUUGUGGUACUGCCACCCUCUCCCCCACCCACGAACCAAACACCGUUGCUGUGUCGAUAGCUACCGACACUACCGCCAUGCCAUCGGCAACAUCCUUUAACCAACCCCCCCGAGCACACCAUCGUUUUAUGUUCCCCUUCAAACCCGAAAAGGCUCUAUAGCUUCCGGUGCGCGUUCGGGGGGAGGGUUCGAUAAAGCAAAAUACUCCAACCCCUCCCGCGAGGGCUGAACACACGGGACCUCUUAAAACUCCACACUGGGCCACCACGCCACGUCAGUUGGUCGGUAGAACGCGUGAACAACAAACGUGUGUGUGCUGUGUUUCUCUUCGUGGCUUAUUCGUUCGCCCCGCGGAAAGGAUUAGGUCCAACUAGUUUAGCUGUUAAAGAGUUAUUAAAGUUGCGUCGCGACAGUUUCGGUGCGACCCUUCGAAGGGUAAAAUGGCAACACUAUAGUCUCCUUCUGCCCCUACGCCUUACAACAAUUCGUUCAAAAUAACGUUCUACACCCUGGUACCCUCCACGAUGCUAAACAAUGCCGACAUCCUGUCGAACAUUCCACCGCUCGGUGGUAAGGAGGGGGCGGCUGGCCCGCACCGCGAGGUGGUGGCCCGGUGGCGCGUCCCCAUGUACGGCAAGGUGUACGAGAUCGAGUUCGAGCACGGAACGGCCAGCGGCAAGCGGGUGCUGUGGAUCGACAAGCAGGAAGUGUUCCGGCGCGACUGGAUGUUCAAGCUGGUCGGCGAGGACAUGUUCAAGCUGGAGGACAAGCGGUGCAUCAUACGGGUCGACCCGAUGCCGGGCUUCCGGUACAGCUACUCCCUGUUCGUGGACGGGAAAUCGUACGAACAGUUCACGGAGAGCCAAGCGAAGGCGCUCAAAACGUGGGAAGCGAAGCUGGGCGAUAACUUCUACCGGAUUGUGCUUGAAAAAAAUACACUCAACAUCUACGUGAACGGGAAGCUUAUCGAAGAGAAUGGAGAAUUCGUUGACGGCGGAACUGACACAACGUUCCUGGAGGAUGGCAACACGUUCGUGCUGAGCGCGCGAACCAGCGGCAACAAGCGGGAAGGCAUCGUUCACCGACUGACAGUGAACGGUGCCGAAGUGUUCGAUGCUGGUGGGACGACUACGGCACUGUAAGCGGUAGCCGAACAAAGCAGGCGAGAGCUUUCGGACGUUUUCACAACCAUCGAUCGAUCGCGCCGCCCCUGGCAUAGAAGAUUGAUUUUAUAAUUUUUUAUUUGAAAUAGUUUCAAUUUCAGCGAUCCUUGUGUUUGUUGCUGUUCUUUUGUUUUGUUUUUUUUUCUUCUUUUAAGUUUAAGUUUUAUUCCCUCGAUACUGCCUGUUUCUCUUCUCCUGUGUUAUUAGUGUGUGUGUGUGUUUCAGUUAUAAGUUAAUCGUAUUUUUUGGGCUAAACAGGGUAUGUUUUAAAGUAAAAAAAAAGAAAAAAACAAACACACACAAUCUCAUUCAGGGGAAGUUGAGAUAAGAACGGGGAAGAAGAAGAUGGUUGGAUAAAAAGAAAUACAAAAAAAUACAAAAAUUGCUGCUAUAAAAAAAUGAAACACACAGUAAACUAUUUACCCUAAGUGCGCAAAAAGCAAAAAUACUAUUAAAUACAUCAUGUAUGUCGGAUACUGAAUCGGUUGUGUAGCUUUUUAUAUGUAAUAUAAUAUGUAUGCAUGUCGUUGCUAGUAAUAAAAGUAACUUAUUAAAAACUAAACUUUGAAGAAGAACAAGACAAAAAAUGCUGCUGCAUGAGAAUGGUAAUGUAACGUACACGUACACGUUGAAAGAACGGAGCUAACCCCGACAGGAAAUCAUUUGUUAAAUAUGUAAGAAAAGUACAAGCGUAAGUACCUAUUAUGGAACGGAAAGUUUAAAAAAAAAGAACCAAAUAAGUAACGAACGCAAAUCAAAAACCCGUCUUACUACACAUUUCACGUCGUCUCUAGGUCUCUCUUUGCUCGCUUUCUCUACCCUCUUUUGAGUGGUUCGUUUUCGCCUCACUUCUUUUACACCCUUCGCUGCUCGUGAUCGGUUUAUCUGGCGCUAUCCUUUAGCUUUCGUUUCUAUUAGGCAGAGAGAAAAAAAACACAUUCUUUUACACAGAUUUUGAGAAAAAAAAACAAUGUCGAUUCAAAAAUCGCACGUAUUAUCACCAACAACAAUUAUAUCAAAAUACUGCAAACCUUCGUCUCAGUUUGGUUGCGUUGCAGCAAAACGUUGCUCUCCUUUGGAGGGGGGGGAGGAGGGCCGUUUUAAAACAAGUCACGAUAAUUAUUCAGGCUCUGUCAGCUCUUUGUUACGAACACGAAAUAGGGAAUACAGUCAAUAGGAUUUUUAAUAACAAUUCGCAUUGGAAGGACGUAACCGAUACACCGAUUUGCUGCUCUUUUAUCUAAUUCGAGUUCGCUGUUUUUUUUUUUUUU